UGCAGGCUGAUGACAUUGAUGGCCCUCAUAAUGCUUGGAUAAUGAAGCCCGGUGGAAAAUCGAGAGGGAGAGGCAUUCAAAUGAUGAGAUGCCUCCAGGAAAUACUCAAUAAAUGUGGGUAUAGUGAUGAUAGCCAUGGGGCAGCAACACGAGAUACGGAGCAGUGGAUUGUUCAGAAGUACAUUGAACGACCGCUACUCAUCAGAGGUUAUAAAUUCGACAUCAGAGUGUGGGUAUUGGUCACUGAUUGGAAUCCUUUGUCCGUGUGGAUAUGGCAGAGACCGUACAUACGCUUUGCAAGCGAAAACAACACCUUCAUACUACCUACUGUGAGGACCGUCGGUUAG